AUGACUACUGUUUGGAACUUCCUCACUGGGUUCUCCUCACCCGAGGUCGACAAGACGAAACUCAAUCGAUUGCGCAACACCAUUCGCCAUUCUCUCCAGAAUAGCGUAAUUAACGAAACAUGCUUUCUUCCAGAAAGCGACAUCAACAACCUUGUGACGUCUGACAAGACAAAGCUGUUACUGCCGAACUCCAAGCCAGAAUUGAUAGACUUUAUCUGCAAGGAUGCAAAAAAGCUCUUCUUGAUUGCAUCAUUGCAUCACGGCAACCUUCAGGACAUCAUGGGCACUUUUAGACAUCAUGGCAUGACAGACAAGUACCUUCCAAUCCGCGAUCUUACCUCAGAAGAUAGGUACUGCGACGUUCAUACUGAAGGACUUCAGCGAGUUUGCAGCCACGAAAAGGCUUUGGAGGCCUUUCAUUGCUGGGAUGCUCAUGAUGUCUGGAACUUUUACAAUGAUCAAUGGAAGUUUUGUGCACCAAUACUCAACAUGGAAUGCUCCUCCCAAGAAUUCCACCCUAAGCACAUACUGCCGUUUAUACAGAAAGGUACCACCCAGAAGGAUGGCCAUUUCAGUACUGUCGUUGAGGCUGUAAUCCAUCCUAGCCAUCAAAUUGGCCGCGGGCCAUUGAAGUCAGGCAUAGAUCAGACCAAGGUCGCUCUCAAAGAGUUAAAAAGCCUGAGCGAGCCAAAUUACAACGUACAUGUAUCAUGGCUGAAUGAGGCAAAUGCACUCUUCCAGAUUGCCGAGCUUCGUCACAAACAUCUCAUCAGUCAGGCAACUGCCUUCAAACAAGGAGAGAGAAGGUUCAUUAUGCUCGAGUGGGCGAACGGAGGCACUCUGCGAGAUAUAUGGCAGAAAGAGCCUCACGACGGAUCUGUGCUAGACGGUGGCAAGGUCAUGAGAGUCCUUGAAGAACUAACUGGGAUCGCAAGUGCGCUCUCAAGAUUACACGGCACUAACACCAAGACAAGAACUGCAAUGGCAAUGUCUGCAGACCGCAGAAGGAAGAACCCUAUGUCGAGAUCCAAAACGAUUCUCUCACAGGGUCAAGGUGAUCGUUUAACCGUUCCAAAGAUACGCUUCGAGGGAGUAAGCUCAGACGAUGAUUAUGACUCCAGCGACUACGGUGAAGAGCAGCAUUGGCGCCACGGGGAUCUCAAGCCUGAUAACAUCCUCCAAUUUAUAGAUGACAAGUCUUCGUGGCUUGGAACUCUCAAGAUUGCUGACCUCGGUCUAGCCAAGCAACACGCAUUUGCUACAACCCAGAGACAGGACCCAACCAAGCAGAAAUAUACAACUUCUCAUUACGAGGCACCUGAAGUUAUCACCACCAUGAACUCUCGAGUGCCUCGCUCACGCCGCUACGACAUAUGGUCCAUGGGAUGCAUCAUAUUCGAGUAUACGAUCUGGCUCUUAUACGGUUAUGAAGAGGGACUGAAGAGCUUCUACAAUGAGGAGAAUAACAUGGAUGCCCAUCGAGAAACGUUGUACUUUACGGCUGAUCUCAGCACAAGGCAAGCUCAAGUGAGUGACGCGGCGCGAAGAUGGAUCAACCACAUCUUGGAAGUCGACCCGGAAUGUAAUCGUGCCACACCAAGCGUGAUCAAGGAUCUCGUCGUAUUGGUCAGGGAUAAGCUUCUUGUAAUUGAUCUACCAAAGGAAAGCAUGAGUGAGGCCGACAUCAAGCGAUGUCGCGCCAGUGCGGAUGAGUUGGACAGCAUCUUACAAAGGAUGAAGAGAAGGGCCCUUGAUGAUGAACAUAGAGGAGGCAAAUAUCUAUCUUCGGGUACAGGACGCAACGGAAUUUCGGCUCCUCGUCCGCAAAAGGUUCGUAGGCAGAGCUUCCUGUCGACCAGCUCGGGCUCAGCAUCGAAACCAUCAAAUCUGGUACGAGCUCUGGUCUGA